UUUCAAAAACAGAUCCUCGAAUCAGCCUGAACAUCCAGAAUGUGGCUCCAGGUGUCUCUCCUCUGUCUGUCCUGCUUAACUCUAAGCCAGGCCCAGGACAGAGCAUCCCUCCGCCGCUCCAAUGACCACACUGGGCGCUGCCACUACACCUUCACCGUGGCCAGCCCAGAGGAGUCCAGCUGCUCCGGGGGCAGCAUGAAACCAGAGAUGGAUGGAGUCUCAUCCCGUCUCACACUGCUGGAGGCUUUGGUCAGCCGUCUGAUAGCAGGAGGGGACGGAGGAGCGGGGACUGGAGCUAAGGGUGAAGAGGGUAUCCAGGAAGCGUACUCCCAGGUGAUGCGGGAAAGAAACCAGCUGCAGCAGGACAAGGAGCGCCUGAGCGGGCAGGUCCAGGAGCUGCAGAGGAGGCUGGCCGAGCUGAGCCAGGAGGCAGAGAGCCUCAGGCAGAGACCCUGCCAGCAGACACACACCUCAGGGGCCAAGCAGCGGGAAAACAGACCUGCCAGUGACCCUGAAUAUGAUUUAGGGAAUGGUGCAUACCAGGAGAUGAAAGCAGAAGUUACCAAGGUUCCAGCAUCCCAACUCAUUCCUGAAGGAAGUCCCAACUUCACAGGCUGUGGAGAGCUGCAGUCAGUGGGAGAUCCCGUGUUGCACAAGAAGGCUGACAGUAUCACAGGGAAGUACGGGGUGUGGCUGCAGGACCCCGAGCCUCAGGGCUCCAAUUACAACAACAAGACCGUGUGGCGUAUCGACACAGUGGGUAAAGAUGUCCGCCAGGUCUUUGCGUAUGAAGACAUGGAUCAGUUAUCCCAAGGCUUCCCUAUGAAGGUCCUGGUCCUGCCGGAGCCUAUGGAGAGCACAGGGGCCACCAUGUACCGCGGUUCCCUCUACUUCCAGCGCAAACGCAGCCGCACCCUGAUCCGUUACGACCUGACUUCUGAGCGCCUGGCCUCCCGCCUGGAGCUGCCUCACGCCGGCUUCCACGGCCAGCACCCUUACUCCUGGGGCGGCUACACAGACAUCGACCUGGCGGCCGACGAGCAGGGCCUGUGGGCGAUCUACAGCACAAACAAGGCAAAGGGGGCAAUUGUGAUUUCCAAGCUGGACCCUGAGAGCCUGGAGGUGAAGAGGAGCUGGGAGACCAACAUCAGGAAGAACACGGUGGCCAAUGCCUUCAUGGUGUGUGGACGCCUGUACACUGUAGGCAGCUACACAGCGCCCAACACCACCAUCAACUAUGUGUUCGACACAGCCACCGGCAUAGGGAGGGCUGUCUCUGUGCCUUUCAAGAACAAGUACCGCUACAACAGCAUGGUCGACUACAACCACGCCCAGAGGAAGCUGUUCUCUUGGGACAACUUUCACAUGGUCACCUAUGACAUCCGGCUGGGGAAAGCGAGUAACAGCAGCAGCUAAAGCCAAAGGCUGUUUACAGGACUGUGCUGAUGUAAGUGAAUCAGAUAAGACGUGAUAAAGUUGCUUUGUACUGCGGAUAUCGCUAAGCUUAGUAUGUUUUGCAUUAUAAAAAAAUGUGUUUUUUAUUACUUUUGUAAAUAAGAUCUAUCAUGGCAACGAAAAUCUAUGCAUAAAGCAUAUUAUUGUACCCUAUUAACGCCUUGGUUAGUCAAAACAGUAAUCGUUGUUUAAAAUAUUUUUGUUAUCUGUUUAUAAAUGUUCUCUUUAUUUAAAAUCCCAAUAAACCAAAAACAUAUAAAAUCAA